AUGCCGCUUCCCCACGUUCACACACACCACCGCUCGUCUUUGAGCAACAAGUCCUCCGACUAUGAAACCGAAGACGAGACUAUCGUCGAACCCGAUCAGGGCAAUGUCCUCUCUCACAUCAUCUCUCAACUUCGCCCCGGAGCCGAUCUCAGUCGUGUCACCCUACCCACGUUCAUUCUCGAGCCACGGUCCAUGUUGGAACGAAUCACAAACUUUAUGGCACAUCCGGAAACACUACUACCCAUGCCAACUAUCGACGACCCAUUAGAGCGAUUCGUAUCGGUGGUCAGAUUCUACCUGAGUGGCUGGCAUAUCAAACCUCCAGGAGUGAAGAAGCCUCUGAACCCAAUACUCGGGGAAACAUUCACCUGCUACUGGGACUAUAAUGAUGGCACUCGAGGCUAUUACAUUUCAGAACAGACUUCUCACCACCCGCCCAAGUCCAGCUAUUUCUUUAUGGCCCCCGAACACCAUAUCAGGAUAGACGGAACUCUCAAGCCGCGCAGUAAGUUUCUCGGAAAUUCUGCUGCCAGUCUUAUGGAAGGCACUGCAGUUUUGACGUUUUUGGACCGCGGGAAGAAUCCAGCAAAAGGCGAGCGCUACCACCUGACACAGCCUAAUAUGUAUGCGCGCGGUAUUCUCUUUGGAAAGAUGAAGUACGAACUCGGAGAUCACAGCUUCAUCAAAUGCCCCGAGAACCAUUUUGUGUGCGAUGUUGAGUUCAAAACAAAGGGCUACUUCUCCGGCACAUACAAUGCUAUUGCCGGAACAAUCAAGAAUGACCAGACGGGCGAGGUCUACUACGAACUUUCGGGUCUCUGGAAUGGCGAGAUGUAUUUGAAGAACAACGCCACCGGGAAGAAAGACCUUCUGUUCGAUGCUACUCACGCCAAACACACUCCUCCUCUAGUCCGAUCUCUCGAAGACCAGACCGAGCGAGAGUCUCAAAAAUUAUGGUACAGCACAGUUCAAGGGUUGAAUGCCAGAAACCAUGAAGUAGCGACGGCUGAGAAAACCAAAAUUGAAGACCAACAACGCGAAGAAGCAGCAAAACGAGCCGAAGGAAAUGUAGAGUGGCACCCAAAACUCUUCCGUCGCGUUCGAGGAGGACCUGGCGGGUCAGAGGAGGGUGAAGAAGAUCUCGAUUGGAUAAUUAACGCCGAAAUUGACGGCAAAGACGUUCAAAAAGCCCACAAACAAAUCCUCGCCAUCGCAGCCAUCAUCCCCGGCCAAAAAGCAUUUACGGAAUUCCAUACCCCAACCAACAAACUAGCCAUAUCAUCCACAUCCUUAGAGUCCUACGCCCAAUCUCACGGGGGCGACUUGAUCGAUUUAGGAAAUGAAAUGACCUCUACCUCUGGCGCAGCAGCCGCAAAACCCGCCCACGGCUCAUCGCACGAUUUACUUGGAAAUGAUACCUCGUCUGGAUUGAUGGCUCCACUGCAGCCCGUGUCUCAGACAAGCCAUGACCGGCAUCCAGUGAAGAGGGUGGAUUCUACGACGAAUGACGUAGAUGUAUUUGUGGAUGCGGAGGAGCAAUAA